GCAAAAAGCACUUUUUUCAAAUCCGUCGCCAUUUGUCUGAUAUAACAAAAGUUGGAAUAUAGAAAAAAAAAUUAAUUUCAUCAUUAUUCUUUAUGAUAAAUAGAAUUUGGAAAACAUAGAAUAUAAGUUGUAAAAUUUAUUUGUAAAUUAUUUUGUGGGUUUUGUACGGAAAAUAGGUACAGAAAAGAAUGUCGCAUUUGGAUAAUUCUGGAAGUGAAGAUGGCCAAUUAAGAAGCCCAACAGACGAAAUUCUCUACAGGCCAAAAAGUGUGUACAUGUCCAAUAAAUAUGACCGAUGCGCGCGAUGGCCACAUCAAAAAUUAAAAUUAAAAGUUUUAUAAAAAAAAAAAAAAAUAUUUUAUUUUGUUAAAAGAAAAUACUGCUUUAAUGUAGUAAAUUAAAAAGGUGUUGUUAAAGUAAUAUAACGAAGGAUAAUGGAGCUCGUGAGUUUUUUUGUAAACUCUUGACGAUGGGGCAGACAAAAUAGAAAUUUUUGUAUCAACCCUGCACCACCAAUAUGUUUAACCAAAAUCAGCUUCAAGGUCGUUCAACCAAGUAGCAACGAUCUUGAUAUAGAAGAUGGAGAUACAGAUUCACUAGAUAUCAAACCACCGCAAGCAACACAUCGUGAUAUGAGUACUAGUAGUCGCCGUACAAAACCAUCCAAAGAAAAAAAACAUUCCAAAGAACAUAAGCAUAAAGAUCGUGAACGUGAGCGAAUGAGGGAUCGUGAGAGACAAAGAGAAGAAUAUUAUAAACAAAAAUUGGAAAAAGCUCGACAUAACAGUGAUGAUCGUGGAAGACAUCGACAUUUGGAAAUUCAAAAACAUCGGGAACAACGACAUGAAAUCAGAGAAAAACAUAAUGAAGGCAGUUAUCGUGGACGAAAUGAAAUACACCAGCAGCAGUACAAUGAUCGUCUCGCGAAUAGUGGAAAUGAUGUUCGGUACCAAGAAUAUGAACAUAGCAUACAAAAUCAUGGUCGAACUUCAAAACAAUCUCGUGGCAACAGUAGAGAAGAUAAAUCUCGUCGAAUAGAAUACCCUAUAUCUUCGCAGACAAUAGCGGUUAAUCGUGCGGAAAGUCGAGAAAAGCGUAAAUAUUUAGAAGUACAGCCAUCGGCUGAUCCAGAAAAAGAGUUAGAAGACUUACGAAGCAGGCUGCUUAGUAAGCGAAGCAAAUUUGAAAAAAAGAUAGCUCAAAGCCGAUAUGACGACAUAUCCAGUGAUGAACGUCAACAUUCAUCUCAUCAUAGUAAUAGACCAGUUAAAGAACAUAAGAAAAAUAAGCAUUUCCGCAACGAUGGUCCAGUCAUUGAAGUAAUAGAUUCCCCAGAAGAAAUUCAAGAUCAAAGACGUAAGUCAAACAAAUUACCUACGCCUGAGAAUGAAGAACAUGUGGCUCGACGUUCAAAAUUGUUAGAAGCAGAACGAGAAAUGGCUUGGCGAAAGGAAAUAGCUCGUGGGGAGCUUGAGGCUCGAAGAGAAAAACGAGAGAAAGAAAUUGAAAAGAGCGAGGCGCUUAAUCAAAUUAUUAGUUACCAAAGGAAGAAGAAACGUAGACAUGAUAGUGAAGAAGAACAAGAAGAAAGACGUCGACACAGACAUCACAAAAAGAAACUUAAAAAAACUAAGGAAAGACUUAAGGAAAAUGAUUUAAAUGUUCAAAAAUCUCCAGCAGAAGAAGGCGAAUAUGAAGAUCGAUUAGAUGAUGAAUAUGAACAACAGUCAGCUUAUUCAACAGGUGAAGAAGAUGUCAAUGCUGGUCUAACAGCUGAGGACGAUGAUGAUGAUGAUUUUGAAAUGUCUUCUGAAGAAGAUAAUGACAAUCAUGAAGAAAAAGCUAUGGAAAUAAUUGCCGAACGUCGUGAAAAAAAUGUGAGAAAAAAGAGAAGAAAGCACCAUAGGCAUUCUACAGAAAGAGAUGAUGAAGGCAUGCUAUCAGUAGAAGAAUUAGAAAAAAGUCAACCAAAAACUGAUCAUUCGAUAAAGAUAAGCUCAAGAUCAAAUUCUAGGUCAAGCAGUCCCGCACACUCAGAACAUAGCAAAAACAGUCGAUUUCACAGCAAAUCGCAAAGCAGAUCCCGAUCAGUUUCUAGAUAUAGAACUUCUUCAAUAUCUAGAUCCCAUACAAGGUCGAGAACGAAUUCACACUCACGUUCUCGAUCUAGAUCAGUUUCGAAAUCUAGAUCGUCAAGAUCAAGAUCAAGAACACGCACAAGUCGCUCCAGGUCUGAGGAUUCUGAUCGUUCACGACAGUCAACAUCAAGAUCUCGUUCUAGAUCAAAAUCUAGAUCAAGAUCGCGUUCUGGCUCGGCAUCAACAGACGAAGAAAGAGAUAAAAAGAAAGUAAAGAAGAACAUGCAAAAUUCUUCUGAAACUGAGACCAAACUGGAUUCUAAAGAUGAACGAGAUACAUCUCCAAGAAAUGACAAGGGUGAAAAACUUCCUAAUUAUUUCCCUGGAAUUCAAGGAUGUCGCUCUGUUGAAGAAUUCCAAUGCCUUAAUAGAAUUGAAGAAGGAACAUAUGGAGUCGUAUAUCGGGCUAAAGAUAGACGUACUGAUGAAAUCGUUGCCCUUAAGCGAUUAAAAAUGGAAAAAGAAAAGGAAGGAUUCCCAAUAACAUCUCUACGUGAAAUUAAUACUCUUUUGAAAGGGCAGCAUCCAAAUAUAGUAACAGUAAGAGAAAUUGUUGUUGGAAGUAAUAUGGAUAAAAUUUUUAUAGUAAUGGAUUACGUAGAACAUGAUCUGAAAAGUUUGAUGGAAACUAUGAAGCAUAAAGAACAGUCAUUUCUACCUGGUGAAGUGAAAUGUUUAUUACAACAACUAUUGAGGGCUGUUGGUCACUUGCAUGAUAAUUGGAUAUUGCAUCGUGAUCUAAAAACUUCAAAUUUAUUGCUAAGUCAUAAGGGUAUACUGAAAGUAGGUGAUUUUGGGCUUGCACGUGAAUAUGGGAGUCCCUUAAAAGCAUAUACUUCAUUAGUGGUAACACUUUGGUAUCGUGCACCGGAGCUAUUAUUGUGCUCUAAAGAGUAUUCAACUCCUAUAGACAUGUGGUCUGUAGGUUGUAUAUUUGCAGAGUUUAUGCAAAUGAGUGCCAUGUUUCCUGGAAAAUCUGAGAUCGAUCAACUAAAUAGAAUAUUUAAGGAUCUCGGAACACCUAACGAGAAAAUAUGGCCCGGUUACAAGGAUUUACCUGCAGUACAAAAUCUUUUAAGUCAAAAUUCUAGUUUUUCUGAGUAUCCAGUCUCAAAUUUACGUCGUAAAUUUUACAAUAAAACAACAGAAGUGGGCGUAUCUCUGCUGCAAGGUUUACUAACAUAUGAUCCUAAACAACGACUUACAGCAGAACAAGCUUUAAGACACGCUUAUUUUAAAGAAAUCCCAUUAGCCAUUGAUCCUUCAAUGUUUCCAACUUGGCCAGCUAAAAGUGAAUUAGGUAAAGCAAAAGCUUUAGCAUCAUCACCUAAACCACCAUCUGGAGGCUCACAAUUCAAACAACUGGGUCGUGAUGAUAUUAUGGUGCCACCUGGAGAACUAAAAUCAGCAAAAGCAGCAGCAAAAGCCGCAGCAGCUGCUGCUAGUGCAGCUGUUACCAAAUCAGCUGGAUUUGUUCUUAAUGCUGGAAUCGAUCAGAGAAGUUUAGCGAUGGGUCCAGGCUUUAGUUUAAAAUUUUAAAUUUUGUUUUUCUUUUGUACAUUUUUAUUACAAUUAAAAUUGAAAUACUUUAAUUAAAAUAGUUAGGAAGGACAUUAUUAUAAGUACAUAAAUUGUGACUCAGUGAAAAACAAAAAAAAAAACCUGAAUUAAUAUUUAAUUUUUAAAAACAUUAAGGCAAAAAAUAAAUUGUACCGAAUAUGUGUGUAAUUAUAAUAAUAUUUCAGUGUAAAAAAAAAUAUAUCAUUUUAAACAUUCAUUAUAAAAUCAUUUUUUCGUGUUACUAUGUACA